AUGAAAUCGAUACAAGGCCUCAACAUAUAUCAGUUUCCAACUAAUAAUAAUAAUAAUAAAGUCAAAGCCUGCAUCAUUGCCAAGCCUAAGUGCGGAGCAUUGUUAGGAAUCACACAAUUUUCAUCCUCUAAUCUUUGCGUUGUACAAAUAACUGUAGGUAGCAAAAAACUAUAUAUAGCUUCCGCAUACAUUAAACCCAGACGCGACGAAUUGGCAACACUUGAACGUGUCGAUGCAUUCUUAAAAGCUACUAGUGACUGUCACUGUAUUUUGUGCGGAGAUUUUAAUGGGUGGCAUCCCCUGUGGGGUAGCGAUACUUCGAAUCCAAGAGGGCGCGAUGUGGCAGAAAUCAUGUUUGGAAACGACAUGUAUAUCUGUAAUACCGGCUCAACUCCAACUUUUGAGACAGUAACCCAUGGAAGAAAUCGCACAUCAAUUAUAGAUUUAAUCUUUGCAUCUGGAUCCAUAUACGAAAAUAUCAGCAGAUGUCAAGUCAAUCUUGAGGUUUGCCCUUUAUCACAACAUAAUGCAGUCGAAAUGAUAUUAAACCUUUACAAUACAAACCUAUCAAAUAAUAACACAUCCACCUAUCAAUACAAAAGUAAUAAAGCAAACUGGGCAGAGUUUAUAUCUGCCUUGGAUACCCAUUUGUGUAACAGCGGAUGCCUGGAUGUGAACAUCUCCACACUUGGUGCCACUGAACUAGAAGAUUUUAUAACAAAAACCACUGACAUCAUACACGAGACAUGUCGAGCAUCUAUGCCUGUCAGAAAAAGCAGCGCCGAGUAUAAGCCACUAUGGUGGACCGACAAACUAGAAAAUUAUAAAAAGGAAGUAAUCAGCCUUCAUCAUAAGAUACACCAAGCUAAAAAAAGAUGUCUUCUUCUAGAUCAGCUGAUAAAAGAGAGACAGGAAAAGAAAAAGGAGUAUGCAGAAGAACUUCGGCGAACAUCAACAAAUAAUUUCAAGGAAUUUUGCCAACGCCAAAACAAAGAAAAUGUUUGGUCACUUACGAACCGACUGCUAAAAGAAAUCAAACGAAAUCGCCCACCAAGUACUUUACAAAUUGGUAACACAUAUACCGAUAACGAAGAAGAAACUUCAAAAGCAUUACUCAAUCAAUUUUACCCUGAUGACACUCCUGAUUCCAUUUCCAGACACGAAGAGCUCAGAAAAGACUAUAACACUUUUCCAAAUACAGAUAAUGACCUCCCAUUCAGUGAAGAAGAAAUACUUGAGCACAUCCAAAUAUCCACCGCAGCAGCAUUAGCUCUCGCUCAAUUCACACCACUUGAUCUCAAAAUAAAAGAAGUGCACCAGCUUGAAAACAUCCGAAGCUCUGGUAAAACCCAAUAUUUGCCUGAAGAUAUUACCUUUGAAGCCCACACCACCUCAAUACCUCAUACAUCCAGCUUGUAG